UCCAGCAGAAGCUCACAAAUUUUCACUUUGUAGAGGUCCUCACUGCUUCACUCUCUCAUCCUUGGAAUGAAUUUAGAAAUGACUUUUGAUGACUUCAAGAGCAAAACGUUGAAGGAUCAGCCUGAGCAUAAGCCAAAUGGAGAGAAAGGUCUUCGUUUUCUUUCUUCUCGGUGGUGGUGCCCUGUUGCUGUGACUCUGGGGAUCCUUUGCCUGGGAUUACUGGUGACUGUUAUAAUGCUGAUAAUGCAAUUAUCCCAGGUGUAUGAUUACCUACAGCAACAGCAAGCAAACCUUACUCACCAGGAAAAUAUACUGGAGGGACAGAUCUUAGCCCGGCAGCAAGCGGAAAAAGAUUCUCAAGAGUCACAAAGGGAACUCAAGGAAAUGAUAGAACCCCUUGCCCGCAAGCUGGAUGAGGAGUCCAAAAAACGAAUGGAACUUCAUCACCAGAACCUGAAUCUCCAAGAAACUCUGAAGAAAGCAGCCAACUUUUCCGGUCCUUGUCCCCAAGACUGGCUCUGGCAUGAAGAAAACUGUUACCUAUUUUCCUCUGGCCCAUUUAAUUGGGAAAAAAGCCAGGAGAACUGCUUGUCUUUGGAUGCCCAGAUGCUGAAAAUUAAUAGCACAGAUGACCUGGAAUUCAUCAAGCAAGCAAGUGCCCAUUCCAGUUUCCCAUUCUGGAUCGGGCUGUCUCGGAGGACACCCAGUGACUCAUGGCUCUGGGAGGACGGUUCUCCUUUGAGGCCCCGUUUGUUUAGACUCCAGGGAGCUGUUUCCCAGGUGUACCCUUCAGGCACCUGCGUAUAUAUACAAAGGGGAGCUGUUUUUGCUGAAAAUUGCAUUUUAAUGGCAUUCAGUAUAUGUCAGAAGGCAGCGAAUCUAUUGAGAACACAGUGAAUUUGAAGGCUCUGGAAGGAAAGAAAGAGGCCUUUGAAGUCUCCACUGGAAUUUAAGCUAUUCUUCGUCACUUAGGUGCAAACCGUGAGAGCCCUGAGAACUGCCUGUUACUGGCUGACUGCAGAACUUCUUAGCAGAGACCGGGGCUCCAAAUGCUUGACAUCUUGAUAUCAAAAGUUUUGCUUCUAUCUCUAUUUUUUCACCUAGCUUGUCCCAAGCCUCUCUGCCAGCCUUCAAUUCCUCUUCCCUUUUUUAUUUUAAAAUUUCACUCCUCUCUAAUCCUUGGGAGUCCUCUGUAUUCAGUUCUCUCUACCUCAGGGCUCCCCCUCCCCCUCCACAAACCGCAUGGAAGACAGAACAUAGAGAACUUGCCCAACCGCAGGCAGAGGGCAGAAAAGGGGAAAUAUGCCUGGGAAACAGCAUCUGAAGAAACAUAGAAGAGGAAACACCAAACUGGAAUCAAGAAACUCAUAUUCUCAAUGUUAAAAUCUACCAUUCGGUGGUUUUUUAAAUUGUGGUCUCUUACCACGUACACACACACACACACACACACACCCAUACUCCACACCACAUCCUCACAUUUUGGGCAACUGGGAUGUCCCAGGGAAUAAUUAGAAAUUGGAUGGUCUUCUCUGUGAGCUAGUUCACAGUUCAUUAUUGGUUCCCGAAUAGGUCAUUAUUUCUUCAUCUUUUCUUUACCCAAGAACAGCUUAACACCUUUCAUCCUUCAGAAUAGUAUUUGUUAGAAUCAUGAGAUAAAGGACCUAGAGGGAAAAAUAGAAUUUUUUUUUCCCUAAAGUACAUAACCUUUGUAGAUGACCUCUCCUCAACUCUGUUAUGCUAUGCUCUAAUGCAGAAACAUACAGGACCAAAGAAUGAAAACAAUUCUAAAACAAACUGACCCAGGUAUAGAA